AUGCCAACUAUUUUACCACGUUACUUGAAAUAUUUUUCUUUAAUCGUGCUCGUAAUCGCUAUUCUCUCUAAAUACGAAGUACCUUUGAACUCCGCAUCGACAGAUAGGAAAACGUUGAUGUUUACAAAAGUCGCUACUAUUCAACAGGACCGAGUACAUGUAUAUAAAGUUAUAACAAAUAUUGACAAAUAUUCGUCGUGGUAUCCAAAUGUUGCUCGUGUUGAACAUAUUCAAUUAGUUCCAUCUCGUGUACAUAAUCACGAAGGCGAAAAAUACCAGUUGAUUACCAGAGUACCUUUAAUUGGCGAUGUUUCAUCCGAUUUGAUUAUUCAUACUGAUGAUCACCCGAAACGAUUUGUCUACUCUGUUGAUUCUUGGUUACUUGAAAUGAAUUCAAUUGAAUUGAAGGAAAGUUCUUCCAAUGUGAAUUCUACUCGGAUUGAAUGGACUGUUUACACCAGACGACGCAGCAUCCUUUUCCAGUAUUUGCUGUUACCUUUUGCGAGUUUCUACAAAAAUCAAAUUGUACGUGAAGCUUUGUUUUCACUGCUCAUGCAAAUCCGUGAUCUUUGA